AUGAUAAAACAUAGAUUCCAUACAACAAAAAGUAGUUUCACAUUUGCUUUUAAUAAAGAUUGCUCAUUUGUAUCAGCUGCCUGUAGGGAUUCAAUUAACAUAUAUGAAUUCAGUCAAGGAAUGUUGAAAUAUAUUCAACUCCUUAAAUCAGCAUUAGGUGAAUGUGAACACUCUACAUUUCAUGAAAAAUCCAAUUAGCUUCUAUCUGGAAUUUAAAUGGAGAUAUUUUGA